AUAUUUCUUUAAUUAAAAUAAUAUGCGCAUUUUACGCUCACAAUACUUGAAAUUGAAGGCCGGACACAGCCUUGAUGACACAACUGCGACUAAAACUUCAACGCUGACUGCACUUCACGAUGAAACGCAAAUUCGACAUAAGAGAAUGACAUCAAAGGCUAUACAAGAUGUAAAAUCUAUACAAACCGUUACUCAAGCUACACGUACUAGAUUGCGACACAAUUCUGUAAUUACAAGUAAUGCCGAAAUAUUACAACAUGCUUUAUUGUCCGCUAAAAACAAUCUCAACAAGAUUUGUCCUGACACUGCGGUCAAGCAAUCGCCUAUACAACAGCGUCGUCAAACACUAGCUUGUGUUGAUGACGAUCUGUUGAAACAACAGAUUUUGGAUGCAUUAAAAAUUAAAUUGAUUAACACACCGACCGAUCAAUAUACGCGCAUCAAUGUGGUCGUAAGAUUCUAUGACGAAGGCACGAUGUGGUAUACACGUUUCUAUCGUAGUUAUCAGGAUGUGUUGUGGUUAAAAAUACCUCGCGGCGGUAAAACCACCAAAACAAAGUGGCAUUUUAAAUGUGAGGUGUGUGAGAAAAAACUGUGCUCUUUCGGCACACUAAAAUCUCAUCUUAAUAUACAUAUGGGUUUUUUCCCAUAUCGUUGUGAAGAUUGCCCAAAGCAGUACCCUGCUAGAGGCACUUUCGUGCGUCAUAGGAAGACGAAGCACUAAAGCAAGUUUUAAAAACAAUGAUUUAAGACGACAAACCCUAUACAUAGACAGGGUUUAGAAGCAGUGACGAAAAAAAUACCAGUGGACGAAAAUACUUAAAAGUAUUUUAUAAUUAAUAAUUGAACUGAUUGUUUUAGUUUUGGUUUUAAAGUAAACAAAUGUGUUAGCCCAGUGAAAAAUUUUGACUUUUGUACAACAUUUUUUUGUAUAAAUAUUAACUAACGCAAAUUGAAAAAGUUACAAACAU